AUGACUGUCAUCACUUUCACUGUCUCUGUACUGUGCCUGCUGCCUCAGGCAGUGCUGGCACGGUGGGCGUGUGUUCGGGCCUGUCCAGCAUCCUGCUCCUGCACGCAGGAGAAGAGCUGCAGUGUGUUGUGCGACCGCUCUGGCCUAGCUGAGCUGCCCAAAGAAUUUCCCUGCGAAGCCUCCGCCAUCAACCUGGAAAAGAACAGACUCAAGUUCCUAUCAGAGAGGGCCUUCGGCACCCUACCCUCCCUCAAGUCUCUCUCUCUGGACCACAACAACAUCUCCUUCAUUACUCCUGGAGCCUUCAAGGGCCUCUCCAACUUAGUGAACCUGAAAAUGGCGCACAACGAGUACAUCAGUUAUCUUCACACACGAACAUUCACGGGGCUGAAGAAGCUGGUACGCCUGGACUUGUCAGACUGUAACCUCUUUAACAUCCCGGACCGCAUCUUUAUAGAGCAAACAGCGUUGAAGGAGCUGCUCUGCUUCCAGAACAACUUCAGGAGGAUCCCAGGAGCCAUCAGAGGCAUGGAGAACCUGACUCACAUCUACCUGGAGAGGAACAAGAUAGAAGCGGUGGCUUACAACUCAUUGCUGGGCCUGGGUAAUCUCAAGUACCUGAACCUCCAGGAGAACCGCAUCAACGUAAUCCAUGACCAGGCCUUCCAGGACCUUGUGCGGCUGGAGAACUUCUACCUCAAUGACAACUUGCUGUCUGAUCUGCCCCGGCUUGCCUUUAAGGGCCUCAGCCGACUCAAGAUGCUCAACCUUGGGGGUAACCAGUUGACCAACGUGUCCAAGACCUGGUUCAGUGACCUGGUGGAGCUGGAGGUCCUGUACCUCGACAGGAACCAGGUGCUAUACAUCGAAGAAGGCACCUUUGAGAACCUGACCAGCCUGAUCACACUCCACUUGAACAGCAACAACCUGACCACCCUUCCCUUCCCUGUUUUCCAACCCAUCUACUUCCUAGGCCGCCUCUACCUCUUCAGAAACCCCUGGGAGUGUGACUGCUCCCUCGAGUGGCUGAAGGAGUGGAUGGAAAACUACAAGCUGGUGCGGGACAUCCCCUGUGCCGCGCCUUCCUCUGUCGCAGGGCUGGAUCUCAGUGAGGUGGUCUUUGCCAAGGUGAAUGGCACAUGCGUGGACCCUGCAGAGCUGAAUCUGACCACGGCCUCCUCAGAGAUCAUCUCCACCACAGAGAAUCGCUUCAACAGCCUCAUUUCCAAGCUGCUUCAGCAGGAGCUCAGAGAAGAGAUGGGCAAUGGUACAGAGAGCCUCCACAAUGGGACACUGCUGGAGCCAGAGGAUGGGCAACUCUCUGCAGGGGUUGGAGGGCAAUGGGCCCAGGCAAGCCAAUCACUUCUCUGCGUCUUUGUAGUGUGGCUCAUCUUUGCUUUGACCAGAGAGUCAGAUAUCACUUUUUGUCUUUCUUGCACAUGA